AUGCGGUUCACGCUUGCUACGCUUGCCCUCGCCUCUAUGGCUGAGGCCCACCUUACCCUCUGGCACCCAUCCCUAUUCGGCUUCAACUGGCCCGAUGUCGGUGACGCAGUGGUCCAACAUUAUCAACUCAACACACCUGUCAACCCUGCACGUGGAAUGGACAACCUCACUGUCGACGAGUGGUUCGGCCACAACAUGCGCAACUGCACGCCUGCCAAGGACGCGUUCUUGGAGCUCGAAACCGGCAAGACUGUCACGUUUGAGAUUGGUUGCAACCGCGCGCAUACAACGUAUCGCCCACCAGAAUGGAGCUACACGACCAAGCCCCUCCUCGAAUAUUGCUGCCCGGAUCGUGGGCCACUCCAUACCGCCAACAAUUACGGUACCCCUUACAACAAGCUCAACGUGUCACUGUUCGGCGGAACGGCGCUCGCAAUCGCUUACGAAUCGGACCCGUACAAAGUCAAACCCGAAGAUAUGGUCGUCAUCAGCGUCAACUACACCUCGCCAUGGUUCCGCCUCGUCGACUACCAGAUUCCGCCCAGUCUACCGCGUUGUCCAAAAGGAGGUUGCAUCUGCACCUGGAACUGGAUCCACACACGCAUGAACCGCGAGGGCUACGGUAGUGAGAUUUACAACACAAUGUACAAGUGCAAGGUUACUGGCAAGACCAGUAAGUUUUCGUUCAUACCGAAUCCCGCGCCGCCUGAGCAAGACUGCGCUGGGAAUCCGGAUAACUGCACGCCUGGGCCCAAGCAGCCUAUGUACAUGUUCCAAAAGGACGGAAACAACUUACCAGACCCCGAGCCCCACAGCGAGACAGCCACGUACGUGAGCCGCUUCGCGGACGGUGCGCAGCUCGAUGUGGUGGUUGGUGCUGCGGCGCACACAGGCCCGAGCGUUGCCUUGAGUGUGACUGUUGCGAUCAGCGUGCUCCUGUUCUGCACGAUCUAG